CCACACCUCGCUAAGGAAGGAGACAGAGAGAAAGAGAGAGACAGAGAUGGGUGGAAGCCAGUCGUCUUUCAAGUUCUCUUCCUGCCUCUUCGUGAAGCCGAAGUGCAACGAUGAUGAGGCGGACGGGUACGUCUCCAGGAAGGUCCGGCCGAGCGACGAGGACCGAGGGUGGUGGGUGGGCGAGCCGGACGUCGACAGGAAGGCGUCUGCCUUCAUAGCCAAGUUCCAUGCGAGCCGCAUCAUGGAUCUUGAAAGCCACGAGACCCCUGCCUUGGACGCUGAUAACCGCACUGUCGCUGCUUAAUCUCCGUGUACUCGCUCGUCCAUCUCGCUCUACGUGUCGAACAUUUGUUGUUGACGUAGCAGGAAUGCCCGUCGCAGCAAGUUCGUUUCCAGCUGUUCAUCUUAUGGUAGAAAUAAUGAUAUGAGCCUCGCGUGUGGCUGCAUGCA